AUGAACGAAGUGGAGACGAAGGAGGUGGACAUAUCUGGGUCUGACUCAGACUCGGCGGCGAGCUUUAUGAGCGUAGGUGCGGAAAGCACAAUGAGCACGGCAAGAAAAAGGCCGCUUAGCGGAGAAGAGGUGGCGGUGGCACCCAAAGAAGGCCCUGCCAAACGCGGUCGAGGCAGGCCACCUACAAGUGGCAAAUAUGUAGGUCUGGCACAGGCUAAGAGGAGUUUAGAGGCUGCUAAGCGUGCCGCAGAGCAGGCAGAAAUAGAAGCCACCGAAAACAAGGAGGUUGCCGAACUGACGGCAGAAAUCUUUUGUGGGCGGGCACGUCAACUGUCGGAAACCUCUUCUGCGGCUUCGGACGGCAUGGAGGUCGAGGGCUUGACGGGAAUGGAACUGAAUAGCAGGGUCCAUUCGGCCGUCAAUACCAUCAAAACAGUGGCAAAAGCCUCCAAGGGCCUGAAAGGCACGAACCAGAAAGCCCUUCAAAAUGCGGCAGCAGCGAUUGAGGAAGCCGCGGAGGUACUGCUGAGGCGUACCUCAACGGAUGAAGUCAAACGUCUGCAGGCUGAGAAUGCUAAGCUUACAAAGGAAAUGGCGGAGCUUCGGUUCGAACAGGAGAAGUUACGGGCAGACCUACAAAAGAUCCGUCAGGGGAAGAGGGAGAAGGAGGGUUCUUCUAAGCCCGCACAAGAGGAGUACCAAUCGGAGCAGUUUCACCUGCUCCUAAAAGAAGUAUCGAGCCUGUCUGCUCGCUUCUCAGUGAUUGAGGGCCGGGUUCUGCGCCCACCAUUGGCCGCGGACAGAGGAGUAGCAGGGAAUGUGACGUCUUCUUUUGCGGAAAUGGUUGCAAAGCCGAGUACGUCGGCUCCACAAAGUCGGAAGGCUGCGCAGAAGUCCUCCAGCCAGCCUAGUCAGAAGACACCCGAGAUUACCACUUCACGGAAGGGAAAAGGCAAGGGGAAGGCCUCUGCUGCCACGCCAGCACCUGAUGCAGAGCAGCCCUCCACCUCCCAUGGAGGAUGCAGUGCCCCCUCUGAUGCAGAACAUCAGAGUCACUCAAACACUCCGCCUAACGGUGGUCAAUGGCAGACUGCGGGAGCCAAAAAGGAGGCCAAAAAGGCCAAAACAAAGGCCAACAAGGCGGCAAAACAGGCGGCCCAAAAAACCGCCAAGCAGCAGGCACGGCUCCGCACCCCUAGGUCCGCGGCUGUCGUGUUAACACUGCGGCCCGACGUCAAGGAGAAGGGCCUCACGUACGCUACGGUCCUUGCUAAGGCGAAGGCAGAGAUCGAACUCGGUGAGCUUGGCAUUGCGGGUGUCCGGUGUAAAACCACUGUGACUGGUGCCCGUAUGCUGGAAGUUGCAGGUGCCAGCAGCGGUCCACAGGCCGACGCUCUCGCUGAAAAGUUGAAGGCGUCUUUGGAGCCUAUGGGAGUCAAGGUGUCUAGGCCCACCAAAAACGCCGAAUUACGCAUUUUGGGCCUAGAUGACUCAGUAAACACUGAGGAGUUGGAGGCUACCAUCGCCAGGGUAGGAGACUGUUCUCCGGCCCAAGUGAAGUCAAGUCCAAUUUCGUCGGGCUUCAAUGGACUGGGAACAGCAGUCGUCAGCUGUCCAGUAGCAGCGGCCAAGAAACUCGCUGAGGGUCAAGAUCUUGCAGCCCAGGACCAUGAGGUGCUACCGAUGUCUCGUGGAGGGGCAUGUCGGGGCCCAAUGUUCCUCGGAGAUAGACCGCAGUAA